AUGGAAACCGUCGCUUCCGGUCCUGGUUCCGGAAGAGCGGGCGCCAUCUUGUCGACCAUAGAGGCCACCUCCCUUUUCCCCCUUAAAAGUCUAGGAACGUCGGAAAGUAUUAAUCUUGACGAGUUCUUAGCGACUCUCCUGGGCAAUGCCCUUUCUGAGCCAGCUUGUCAGAUGCAAGCCUACCCCCGUUUUCUUCCAGGGGGUCUGGGGACUGACACGGAGGAACGGUUGGUGGAACACCUCCUGGAUCCGUCGCGGUACAACAAACUCAUCCGUCCAGCCACCAACGGCUCCGAGUUGGUCACGGUGCAGUUGAUGGUCUCGCUGGCUCAGCUGAUCAGCGUGCACGAACGAGAACAGAUCAUGACUACGAAUGUAUGGCUAACCCAGGAAUGGGAAGAUUACCGCCUGACGUGGAACCCCGAAGAGUUUGAUGACAUGAAGAAGGUGCGGCUGCCUUCCAAACACAUCUGGCUACCGGAUGUGGUGCUUUACAACAACGCGGAUGGAAUGUACGAGGUGUCCUUCUACUCCAACGCGGUGGUCUCCUACGACGGAAGCAUCUUCUGGCUCCCGCCGGCCAUCUACAAGAGCGCUUGUAAGAUCGAAGUCAAACACUUCCCCUUCGACCAGCAAAACUGCACCAUGAAGUUCCGCUCGUGGACGUACGACCGGACGGAGAUCGACCUGGUGCUGAAGAGCGAAGUGGCCAGCUUGGAUGACUUCACUCCCAGCGGCGAGUGGGACAUCAUCGCUCUGCCGGGACGCCGCAACGAGAACCCCAACGACUCGACCUACGUGGACAUCACCUACGACUUCAUCAUCCGCCGGAAGCCGCUGUUCUACACCAUCAACCUCAUCAUUCCUUGCAUUCUGAUCACUUCCUUGGCCAUCUUGGUCUUCUACUUGCCCUCCGACUGCGGCGAGAAGAUGACCCUCUGCAUCUCGGUUCUUCUGGCCCUCACCGUCUUCCUGCUCCUCAUCUCCAAAAUCGUGCCCCCGACCUCGUUGGAUGUGCCCUUGGUCGGCAAGUAUCUCAUGUUCACCAUGGUGCUGGUCACCUUCUCCAUCGUCACCAGCGUCUGCGUUCUCAACGUUCACCACCGUUCUCCCACCACCCACACCAUGCCUCCCUGGGUCAAGGUGGUCUUCCUGGAGAAGCUGCCCACCUUGCUCUUCCUCAAACAGCCCCGCCAGAGCUGCGCCCGUCAACAGCUGCGGCAGAAACGGCAGAGCCAGGAACGGGCGUUGGGCAGCUUCUUCCUGAAAGGAGGGACCCACUCCUGCACCUGCUACGUCAAUCCGUCCACCGUCAAGAAGUUCGGGACAGGGAGCAGCAGCGGACGGACCUUCACCGAAAGCUCAGAUGGGGGGGUCAACGGUUUUCGGGAGAGGAUGGGCCAAGGGGUGCCCGAGCACGAAGCCUGCUGCUGCGGGUUGGAGGAGGCAAUCGACGGGGUGCGCUUCAUCGCGGACCACAUGAAGAGCGAAGACAAUGACCAGAGUGUCAGCGAGGACUGGAAAUACGUGGCGAUGGUGAUCGACCGCCUCUUCCUGUGGAUCUUCAUUUUUGUCUGCGUCUUUGGUACCAUCGGCAUGUUCCUGCAGCCUCUCUUCCAGAACUAUACCACCAAUUCCCUCUUGCAAAUCAACCAUAACUAGCCCCACCUCGGAUGGUGGCCGAGGGUGGACUUCUCCUGCCCUCAGGAGGGAGAGAGAAAAGGACACCCACCGUGUCUCCUAGGAAGGGGACAACCCAUCUCCUGGGGCUACCAAGAGGUAACCAAAGACCUUUCAGCCAUCCAUCUCUUGGCCCUGGGUUGAAGGCCAGGAAGACAAGACGACUUGAGGAGAACCUCAACGAGUUCUGGAAGGGGUUCGUUGCUUUGGGAAGCCCUAGGGACCAAUGGGAUGACCCGGUCAACCAGGUUGGUGGACUUUCUUGGCACCAAGUGUUCAUCUGCCCGACGGGGACCAUCUUCAGUAGCAAGGAACAGCUGAGAAAGGAAGUUCUCCUACCCAAGAGAUGGUCAAACCAUGUUCCUUGCGGCCAUGAGGUCCUUCCAAGAGGUGGCCCUUGGGAGGAUAGCCCAAAUCUUUUAAGGAAGAAACUUGACCCCAACAAGGAUGGGAAGUCCUCCCCUUUCAGAGCAGAAGGUGACAAUGGACCAAAGAUGGUAGAGAUACCUUCUGCAGUUUCACUGCCGUCGGGCAUUUUAGAUUAGUUCUCCUCUCCUGAACAAACCCAUGGCUUAGACCAGUUCUGGAGUAUUAGCUCCCAACUCAGGAAAAAUAUAUAUAUAUAUAUAGAUAUUUAUGUUUAUAUCCAUCUUUCCUGGAUUUCUCCAUGAAGCUGCAGAAGAAGAACAGGCUUUGCAGCGGCCAAAUAAUGGUCAACAGGUUUGGUUAGCUUGGACAAUCCUUGUUUGUUGAAGGGAAGACAAACCAUGAAAGGCGUUGACCACUAGGUCUGCAAAACUCUUUAAGACGGGGGUGGGGGAAGGCGGGGGAUGAGUUUCCAACCACAUGGAAGGUUUUGCUGCCGAACAAUCGACAGGUAGUCCUCAAACAUACGACUACGAUCGGAAUCAAUUUUUGAAUCACCAUUGUUAAGCAAAUCCGGGUUUCGCUUUUAACUUCGUUGGUCAGGACUGUCGCAAACGGGAGAUCGCGUGACUCUGGGAACACGUCGAUUGUCGUAAAUACACGCAUUAAGUCAUUAAGUGCGAGGAUUGGUCAUUCAAAAUCCUUUUUCCAGCGGCGUAACUUUGAACGGUCAGUCGUUAAGUUGAGGACUACCUGUGUUUGCCAUUUUUAAAAUCCUGGUGGGCAGGAUGAACUGGCGGGUGAGAUUUCGUGACCUGCCGGCGAGGACGGAUGUCCGAGACGGAGCGAGAAAAAAAAAAUAGGUUUGGGCAGAAGUGAAAGUUUUUGACUUGUCUUCCCGUUCUCGUACCCUCUCCGACCAA